AUGCCAUGCGAGAAGCUCGGUACCGGUUGGCGCGUUAUUGCCAUAUUCAACAUCAUCGCUGUCUUUCUGAUUACUAUACUCGGUUCAAUACUCGUCUUUUGGGGUACUCAACGGCCGGUUGGUACCAGCCAAAAACCUGGAGGCAUCAGUGCACAAUUCAUUUUCUUCAAAGGCGACUGCAAGACAAGCAAAUCUCUCAACACAUGGCUGCAUCUACUGCUCAACGCCUUCUCAACAGGCAUACUUGCCUCGUCCAAUUUCUUUAUGCAGAUCCUUAGCUCCCCAACCAGAUCUGAGAUUGACAAGGCACACAAAGCCAAUCGCGCCCUCAAAAUUGGUGUUCAGUCACUGCGAAAUGUCUUUUGGACCUCAAAGAUCAAGUUCGUUUGUUGGAUACUGUUCUUUAUCAGUUCUUUCCCACUUCAUCUGUUCUUCAAUAGUGCUAUAUUUUCGACGAAGUACUCGGGCACUGAUUGCAAGACGAGUGCCAGUCGUGACGAAAUUCGAGCCGGUAGAUGUAGCCAGACCUGUGGCUAUGCCGUAGGACUAGACUACAUUGGUUCCAAGGUGAGGCGACCCGCAGAAGUCCCUAUGUCUUACACACUGGAAUUCUUCAAAGCUAUAGGCACAUAUUAUACAGAUGAUAGUUGGCCUGGUUUUGCCAACCAAGGUGCAGGAGAUCUCACGCUCAAGUACUGUUUGGUUCAGGAAGUCUCGCAGAACUGCAAAGUUGGUAUCUCUAACCAACUGCUUCUUAUCGUCGUCGUUUCAAUUGCUGUCAAGGGAUUCCUUGCCGUAGCCGUCUUGUUGAUGUUACCCCAAGAGAAGCCUCUUGCAGUCUUGGGCGAUGCUAUCGAGUCUUUUAUCCAAUUUCCAGACCACAACACAGUUGACAGGUGUCUACUUGAUAGGGACAUUGAGGAGUACGAGGGGGUUGGUUGCGCAUUUGCUAUGACAGCCCCACCAGUUCGUCAAGAUUGGACAUCCGCUAUACAGCGUACAACCUGGACGAGAAGCUAUGGAGUGCUGUACUUGAACAUUCUCCUACUUUCUGCUGGAUUUAUUGCUGCUCAAAUCAAUACCCCCAUUACGGGAUCAAGUUUUACCAAAAGCCUCAGCAACGGAAUAUUAUUGACCGCGGAAGCAUCACCGGGCAAGAUUAUCGACUUUGUUCUCAUGGCCAAUUUACCGCAACUUCUUCUAUCAAUCACUUACUUCAUAUACAACAACAUGUUUACUUAUCUCUGUACUGAGAAGGAAUGGAAUUCGUACGGUGGAGCUUUCAAACCGCUUAGGGUAUCCCAACCCAAGGGUCAGCAGAGAUCAACAUACAGGUUGCAGCUGCCAUAUCGUUACAGCAUCCCCUUAAUGGUUGUUAGCACAUUUAUGCACUGGUUCGUCUCUAAUGCGAUCUAUGUAUUUGUUGCGGAGGGGGACUAUUACGAACUAGGCCAGCUGUCUUCUGAUCCAUCGAGUUAUAAUACGGAUGAUUCAGGUACAGGGCUGAGCAAGGACGCUUAUGUCGGUGUAGGAUACUCAACUCCGACAAUAUUGGUGCUCCUCAUAGCUACCAUCAUCCUUCCCGUUAUCCCUACCUUGUUAAGACACCGAAAGGUGAAGACCUCAAUGCCACUUUCAGGAGCGAGCUCUGCAGUCAUCACGGCGGCCUGUCAUGUCCCAAUCCCAGAAGAUAACGUUAAGCCUAGAGUUCAAAAAGGUCAUCGGCAAAGGGAUCAGCUGGUGGUCGUAGAAGAAUGCGGGGACGCCAUUUAUUCAACAAUCGACCUAGCAGACCUUGAUGAAAGACAUAAAUUACUAGGACUAGCGGAUAGGAGUGUUUCGGUAGUCGAACCGGGAUUGUCUGACGAUGUGACCCAUACUGUAGAUGGUCCAAUCCUGGAUGGAGAGAUUUUUCUACGCGAGGUUGCACUGAGCCCUGUGCGAUGGGGUGUAGUCAAAACAUCAGCCUCCUGGAAAAAGAUGCACAUCAAUCUGAGCAAUCCGAAUGAAAUAGUCGAGCAUCUGAGUUUUGGCACGGAGCUCCAUGAAGUCACAGAUCCGAUUCCUGGGCACUGGUACACAUAG